AUGAGUAACAAGCUUUGGGAGUAUUUUAUAUACGAUGAUGUCGACAGGUUCCAGCGGUUCCUGGCGAACGCGACCUUCGUGGGCCAAAGAACUGCAGGAGCCUCCGGGGGUUCCUCCGGAGCGGCGGCGAACCUGUCCAUGAAGACUGGAAGCCCUGGGUCCUUCAUCGCAUCGUCUCCAAAUCCACCGAGGAGUAAGAAACCCUUCGGCUUGUCGCCUGGCACGCCCAUUUCCGACCGUAUAGUCUCCCAGCGCGGUGGCGCGACUUUGUCGCGCGCCGAGAUAAAUGCCCAAGAUCACUUUGGUCGGACGCUUCUUCAUCACGUCGCCUCCUCAAACAAACCCACUGCCGUCGAAUUCGCACGCUCCUUAUUGGAGAUUCCGUUCGUUGAUAUAUAUGUGCAAGACUGGGAGAGUGGAUGGACAGCUCUACACCGAGCCCUUUAUGCAGGAAAUGCCUCGGUCGCUCAGGCGCUGAUGAUGCGUGACGUGCAAGACAUGACAGACUUCAGCAAGGUUGGAGCUGCAAAUCAUCCUACUGGUGGCCUGAUUAAGAUUAAGGAUCGAGAGGGCUACAGUCCUUUCGAUGUGUUCGGAUCGACCAUUAAAAAACGUGACAUCAAAUUACCCACCGACAACUGGCCAAACUCGGUCGACGAUGCCAUGGGCAGCGAUGCUGCCUCCAGCCCACCAUCCAAACAUGGGGAUCACGGCGAAGAUGACAUGUACACUUCUCAAAACAUUCUCAAAGGAGCCGUUGACAUCUCCGCUGAUGAGGUUUUUACCCUCGGAAGUAACAAAAAUCUAAACCUGGGUCUAGGGGACCAAGAUGAUCGACAAUUCCCCGAACGUAUCUCAUUGAAACGCCCCGAACAUCUGCUUCAUCGGUUCUAUCGCGAAUACCAGGACAACCUGGAGCAUCUCGGGCUUGAAGAAACCAUCCCCAAGAUAACUUCUAAAGAUCUCCCAACAUUGAUAAGGAACAAACCAAUCAAGCAUAAAGAAAUUGUGAUGUCCAAAUUACACACAGCUGUUAUUACCAACGAUCCUGAGGCCAACCUGUUCAUUUGUGGGUUUGGGCCAGGAGGACGGCUAGGAACAGGAGAUGAGUCCACAAGGUUCAAUUUUGUCUGCAUCGAAACAGGCGGACUGGAGGGGAAGAAGGUGGUUUCAGUUGCUCUCGGUCAAGAUCACAGCUUGGCAAUUACCGAGUACGGGGAAAUAUUCAGUUGGGGAAGCAAUAAGUAUGGACAAUUGGGCUAUGGUCUGCCCAGAACGAGCAAUAAGAACGAUGUUCCUACUCAAACUACCCCACGCCAGAUAUUCAACCCUUUCAAGAAGGAAACGAUUCUGGGUGCAGCGGCCUCCUCCAUUCACUCGGUCGUUUUCAGCAAUUCCGGCCUCUACACGUUCGGUAAAAACGAAGGUCAACUCGGUCUGGUGGACUCGGAUGCUCGCUCGCUCGAAGUUCAGACCACUCCUCGGCGCGUGGGAGCUUCUCUCUUCACUUGUCCAAUCCUUAUGGUCUCCGCUAUCGACCGUGCUUCUUGUAUUCUUCUACAAAACCACGAGGUAUGGGUUUUCUCAUCAUAUGGUUACUCAAAAAUUUCUUUCCCUCUAGAAGUGAGCUCGAGCUUUAUCAAGAAAAGUUUCAUGGCCACCAGGUACGACAAGACUGCCAAUCGUGUCGUCAAGCUUGCGUGUGGAGGAAACACCAUCUGCGCAUUGUCCAGCUCUGGUGAGGUUUUCACCGUUGAGGUCAAUCAAUCUGAUAAUCCUUCCACUUUAACAUCCACCACAAACCCCACAAAAAUUCGCAACUCUCUAGCUGCUCCGGUCCGAGCUUGGUCGGUUAAGAAAUCCCAUAUGGCGGCAAGCGACGUCGACGUCGGCCAAGACGGCUCUAUUAUUAUUUGCACGACUUCUGGAUCUGCGUGGAGAAAGGAACGACGGACAAAGAAGAAGCAGGGGGCCUCAAAGGACUACAAGUUUGCUCGUAUCCCUGGCCUCUCACGGGCAGUGGCAGUACGCAGCAAUGCGUUUGGUGCCUAUGCCGUCGCCCAAAGCGACUGUGAAGUGACGCGAGAGCAAAUUCAUGUCGACUCCAGCACUCUUGGGGAUGACCUAUUGCCGCUAUCUCCGUUCCUCACGCCUGGUCUGGGAAAUUUAGACUCCAUCCUCGAAGCUGAUCAUUCCGACGGUCUCUUUGGUUCUCUUUCCGCGGCGGCAGCGACUCGGCGAGCCAUACUUUCUUCCUCGGAUAUCGAAGGCCAAUUCCUCCCUAUCCGUUCUGAAGGCAUGAUUUGGAUGACCAACUCAUUAUCCGACCACCGCAUUCCCAUCCAUGAAUGGGUUUUGGCUGGGCGCAGCCCUGUUUUACAAAAGGCACUCGAGGAGUUCCGUGGGUCUUAUUACUCUUCUCUUGCAGAUGUCUUUGAUAUUGAAUACGGGCCAGAUGGACACCCUCGGAUCUGCCUGAAGGGCGUUGACUUUUUGACUGUUAUGAAUGUGGUGUUCUACUUCUACACAGAUAAAUUCCUUGAUGUUUGGCACUUAGCCAAGAGUUCGUCUGCCAACUCAGCCCGUUAUCGACAAGUUCGGAAUGAACUCAUGCGGGUCGCUAUGCAGCUAGAGCUGCCAAAACUCGAACGAGCCGCAAGACUCAUGCAGGAGCCAGAGGACAGUUUGGAGCAUGACAUGGCUCGGGCCAUCAACCACCCAUCUUUCUUCGACAGCGCAGAUGUGGUUUUGCAGCUCAAAGGAGCAACCCUGAAAGCGCACAGCCAAAUCAUCUGUCAGAGAUGCCCAUUCUUUGAUACUCUUUUCCAUGGCUACGCGGGUGGGAAAUGGUUGGAGUCGCGCAAAUCAGACCCAAGCCAACUUGUGCCUGUUGAUUUGAAGCACAUUGACCGCUCAACGUUUGAGUUUGUUUUACGCUAUCUCUACGCCGACAUAGGGGAGAAUUUGUUUGAUGAAGUUCGGACCAAUGAUCUUGAUGAGUUUAUUGACGUGGUUCUGGAUGUUAUGUUCGUGGCAAAUGAGCUGAUGAUUGACCGGUUGUCUCAAAUUUGCCAAAAGACUCUCGGUCGAUUUGUUACGACGCGCAAUGUGUGCUACCUUCUCAACUCCGUCGUUUUCUGCCGCAUAACGAAUUUCAAGUACGCUGCUAUGGCAUACAUCUGCAUCAACCUCGAGGACAUGCUUGCAAACAGAUAUCUCGAAGAUCUAGACGAGAUGCUUCUGAAUGAAUUGGAUGCGAUAUGUCAUUCGAACCAGUUGUCCUUUUGGCCUAUCUCUCGUGGACAGAACUCCGAGGAGAACCUGCUUUCGGUACACCCCGAGAUCCGCAAAGCUUUAGAGGCAGAUAAGCAAAAAAGGAUAGAUGCAAUGACUUUGCAGUCUCGUCUUGAAGUUAUGCAGUAUUAUGACGUGCGUGCUCGGUCAAUCACGAACGACCAGACAAGUUCUUCUUCAUCUGUCCGCAAAUCAAAGGCAAGUGUGUCCAGGGAGUCACCAAAGGCUGGCGGUACUCCAAAGUUGAAACCCACGCCGUCCACCGGAGAUCUCAUGUUCCAAAUGGACGACGAAGCUUUGAUGUCACCUGGUGAUUCAAAAGGAAAGGGUGUCGUACGUGGGCUCAAGUUCACAGAGGGCAUUUCUGGGAAUCGAUCAUACCCCGACUCCCCAGCUUUGGGGGCAAGUGUCCGAGAUGACUCUUUGGGCGGUCGGAACUAUUUAGAUGACCAGAUGUCUUCUCCCCAAGGUGCGCUGCUUGCACAGUCCCCAUCUGAGUCAAGAGCGCUUUCUCUCAAUCAGAAGCACGCUAUAUCAUCAUACGACCCCUCUUCUGCGCCAUGGAGCUCACCGGCAAUUGCGGGUUCCAAGAAAGAUCUCAAAGACAUCAUGGGUGAAACCACCCAGUCUCGAGUAUCGAAUCUCACAAUGGGCAUAGUGGAUCGCCGCGAAAGCAGCACUAAAUCCUCCCCGAAAAUGUCCCAGAAAGAGCGAAAGAAGAUUCAACAACAACAGAUGCAGGAGCAGUUGGCUGCUCAGCAGAAGAUGAAAGAUGCCCCAAAAAACCCUUGGCAAAAGCCAAUAACUCCUUCGCCAGCUGCACCAUCCAAGCAUGAUCCACUGCCAGGUCAAACUGCUCCAUCUGAACCCAAAGCUGCCCAGAGGUCCAUGACUAUGCGACAGACUGUAGCCGGUACACCUCCGCCGAAGUCAAAGCCCGUGGCAACCCCCGUGCAAACACAGCGCCGCAGUGUCUCAGGCAACCCGCAACCCGCUCCACAUUCGAAGCCUUCUACAUCAGGGCCUUCAGCGACUCAAAGCAACCAACCGACAUCACCACCACCACCAGCCAUCCAGUCCAUCCGUCACAUACCCCGCCCCGAUCCCAUCGGAAUGAUGUCUCCAUCCUCCGGCUCUUACUCCCUGUCAACAAUCUUACUUCAGCAACAGACAGAAAAGGAAGCAAUUCGCGAAGCAGCCACGGCAAAGCAUAAUAUGCAGGAGAUCCAAGCAGAGCAGGAAUUCCAGCAGUGGUGGGAGGAAGAAAGUAGGCGCGUUCAAGGAUUGGCAGACCCUGAACUCCCUGGGCCUCGCUCUGCAAAAGACGGACGUGGCAACAAGACAGCUGGCACAUCCGGUACUCAACGCAAGCGUCGAGGCAAUAAGAAUGCCAGUGAUGCGCCUGGUCAGGAUCAGCGACGUGUGUCCGCUCCAAGCUCUGGUCGUGCAACCUCAAAAACAAAUACUAAUGGCCACACCCCGACCCAAUCGCAGAAGGUUUCCGGUGGUAAUCCUACUGCUGAGAAUACGAAUAAUCGCCGCGGAGGACAAAAUCCUCAACGUAGUAAAGGAAAAAAUCGCGGUUAA